UCCUAGAUAGGGUCCUACAAUGAAUCUCUAAACGGGAGACGAAGAUCUAAAACAAGCCCUAAAACACCUGCGCAUGGCCACCAGGUGGUGGGAACAUCUGCGCAUGCGCAGAGGCCGUUUUAAGGGCUUAAUUUUGUUCUUCCGUUUCAAGAUUCAUUGGUGUACUACUCGAGCAGCAUAAUUUCGUGUCAUCGUUAUCCCCAUCCUCACGUCUCAUCCGAGGCGGGAGUUAAGUUCUGUUGGACAUCAGGAACGCUGCUUCUGCGCGAGGUUCAAUUUCGAGAGGAGAUCUGAUCGGACCUGCCCCCGACGUUCGUCAUGGAAAUGGAUGAAUCUCAGCUCCUCUCCCUGCCGGACGACGCGUUGCUGGCCGUGCUGGCCUUCCUGCCCUCCAGGGAGCUCUUCAGCCUUCGCGUCUUGUGCCGCCGCCUCAGAGACAUGUGCCUGCACCCCGACCUGUGGCGACGCCGUGCUUUGAGGGACGUAGAGUACUUAGACGGAAACGACUAUGAGCAAGAAGUGGGCCUUCUGCGCGCUGUUCUGAGACUGGUCCCCUGCAUUGGCAGACUUGCUGGUUGUGUAGAAGAUUUUGCAUUUAUGGUGUCCAUGGUACCUACCACUUCGUGUGUAAUAGCUGAGCUGGCGUUUACUAUUUACGAGAAUGAGGCCUUGGCCACAAAGAUUCUGCAUACAGUACACUCUCUCGGGGGCUUGAAAACGCUCGAUGUUUAUCUUAACCUUGACUUAUCGACGGCGUGUACUGAAGUCUUAAAUACCAUCUGCAGUCUUCAGGGUUUACGAGAACUCAAGAUUUGCUUUGGAGACUCAGAAACGCUCCUGCUCGGCCCAUGUCUUGGUUUGGAAGUAGAGCCGUCGCUAACGAAGCUCAGGUACUUCGAAAUGAUAUCCAGCCAACGCUCUGGCGGAGGCUCGGACCCUUUUCUUAUUUCGUUCCUGGAAACACAUGCUGCUACACUGGAAGAAGUGGAUUUACCAGGAUUCAUUGACGAGGUCGUCUGUUCCUUGUUGGGAAAGUUACCAAAGCUGCGUUCUUUAGCCUGCUCACCGGACCCUGUGGCUUUGGACUUCGUGCGACAGUCGUCGCAGCUCCGCUCAGUGUUGUUUUAUACAUCUGAGCUCUCUUCCGCCGCACUGCAGGCUCUCACUGAAUCGCGCUCUGCCAGUCUUCUUGAAGCUGUAGGCGUGUCUAGCUUGGGUUUUGACCCAGAUCUCAUGGCUUUGGCUGGUUGCCUGCCCCGGUUCCCUGUGCUCCGUGAGCUGUCACUUAAAGCUGCUCCCACGGUUGACUUUCUGCGGGCGCUGACACCCACGUCCGCGCCCCGCCUCACCAAGCUGUCUCUUCGUUGUGACAAGAAGUGCUUACAGGCUUGGCUGCAUGACAUCCCCAUCCAGGACCUGCUUCAAAGAAACCCUCGGCUUCACUUGCAAGUAUGGAAGUCCUACGGUUGUAGUGAAGAGUACGCCUGCCGCUCAAGCACCAGGUGUGACUGUAGUUUCUGCGAGAAGGAGAAGAGCCGUGGCCGUCGUUCGUGGUUCUCAUUGCACCGCAGGACGGCUGACUGCCCUCCGGGCUGCUUGCAGGUGGUUCAACUUCCGUGCUCGUCCGCUCUUCCUGCUGAUUCCUCCAACCAGCAAUAAGCCUCAGCAACCACCAUGUUCCGCCGAUAUUGGUUCGACAGAAUUAUGAAAAAUUCACCGGUUUACAUUGAAAAUGCAUUUGGUUCCAUCCAAUCGAGUCGUGCCGUGCAGUUUCACCAGGCAGCGUGAUAUUCUCUAGCGGUCUCUAGACCAACUGCAACUUUUCAAUGUUUAAACAAAAGUUCAAAAUACUCCUAUUUAUUUUUACGCUUUGUAGUUUCUGCUGUAUAUGCUAGGUCUGAACCAUAGAGGCGGUUCAAGUUCAAGGUUUUUCAAUUGUGCUCAAAUGAUGUUCAACCUUACCUGACCUAUCUAGGUGUAACGCCAUUAAAUGCAUGCAUGAACAAUUUUGCAAACUUGUGUAGCGAAGCAUAGGCACGAAAAACUAAGUAAGGGGUGGUUUUAUCGCCCUUAUUUGAGGGAUGAAGGAUACAUCUGUUAAUCUUUAAUCCGAAUGUUAGAAUCAGCAAUAGUAGAAAGAAAAAUUAAAGAAAUAAAGAUUUAAGAAUUAAUUGUGCUCCUUAAUGCGGUAAUAAAGCGUACCUCAAACAACA